AUCAGACUGAGUAGAUUCACAGAGGGAGAGAGAGCGGAAGAGCAGAAGAGAAUGGUGAAGACGAGCUUUACGCUGGAGGAGUACGAAAGUUUCCUCGAGAAUCCGUUCAUGGCGAAUUUCAGCAUCGACCAGCUCAAUCAGAUCGAGCUGCUGAACGCGUUGAGCACGAUUGAGUUGGCGAGGCCGUUUCGCUCGACGUUGGAAGAGGAGGAUUAUGCCGACGGCGGCGAGUUAUUCCGGCGUUCAGGCGAUUUCUCUCCGUCGAACGACCAAGUCAAGCGAGAUCUCGAGGCUCUCAACUGGCAGGAAUGCCAGGUUCUCGCAGUCGAGACGGUUGGCCUCGCUCCGGCCGCCGCGAAGAACAGCAGCGGAGCUACGAGUUCCAGAAAGCUCCGCGACCUCCUUGUGUCGCCGAUCAAGCGCAGGCGGAGGAGUCGGAAAAGGAAGUGGCGGAACUUGGACUCCAUCGAUGGCGGAUCUUCCGUCGCCGGCGAGGAUAACUACUUCCAUGGUGGACAUGAGGAAAGAGAAGGUACUGAUAUUCCUUCUGCUGCUGCAGUGGGAGGAGCAGAAGCAGCUGUGGGCAGUGCUUCUCUCUACGUGGACACGUAUCACUGGGAGCUGUGA